CCGGAAGCGGAAGUGCCGAAGCCGCAGAGGGGUCAUUCCGUCUACUGUUUGGUGUCCUUCUCGCAAAGCUCCGUGCGCCCAUGUCAUUUUAGUAGGUUUGGUUUGGCGCGUCUCUCCGAAAUGUCAGGUUACACGCCGGACGAGAAACUCCGCGUGGAGCAGCUGACCCAGCUGAGGCGGCGCUGGCUCAAGGACCAGGAGCUCAGUCCGCGGGAGCCCGUGCUCGCGCCCGAGCGAGUCGGACCCGUGGCCAAGUUCUGGUCGCGCUUCCUGGAGCCCAAGAGUCUCUGGAGGAUUUACACAUAUAAAGUGUACAGCGCAGGAGUGUUCACGUUCACACGACUGCUGAUUCCGGCCUGGAUAGUGCAUUACUACGUCAAGUACCACGUUGCAAAAAGGCCAUAUGGUAUUGUGGAGCUGAAGCCCAAGUUGUUCCCUGGAGACACGGUUCUGGAAACUGGAGAAGUUAUUCCUCCCCUCCCAGAGGAAGAGGGCCAUGGACACCACUGAAGAAAAGGAUGGGCACAGAAAUGGACAUACGCCGCUUCCUUCUGUUUCUAUGACACAUGUAUAUAUUAAUAAUUAAAGUGAAUUUAACUUCC